UUGCUUUUUUUCUGUCAAUACGAAGCCUAGUUCUUUAUUUGGGCAGGACCUCCUCGUUUCGUUCUCCACCACUUGCUUCUGACGGGAUAUUAUCUUGAUUUUUUUCCUUCUUUUCUGGUUUUUGCCUUCAUUCUCAGCUCUUCGUGCGCCAAUUACGUCCUUCUUACCUCCUGCCUGGUUCCUGGGAUCACUCGAAUUUUCUUUUCCUUAGGCAUAUCUUUUACGCGCGCACGCCCCUGGUUCUUGCAAGAAGUAUAUCUUUUUUGUCGCACGUUACUCUGGGUUGCGGGCGCUAUGAUGGGUUCGCGACGAGAGAUGAUGGGUUCGCGACGAGAGAUGAUGGGUGUGGUACUUGCGCUGCUAGCAUUCUUCUUGCCAAUUGUAACGGCGCAAAGCACGACUCCCAACCUCACUGCAGCAUCCACUUUUUACUUUGACCGCACAGAAACCCAGUUUUCAGUCAAUAUUGCGGACGACUCUGACGAUAUCUUCAUCUAUUUCGCCAGCCCAGCGUAUUCGUGGGUCGGCGUUGGGUUUGGUCCCAAGAUGCAAGGGAGUCUGAUGUUCAUCAUGUAUCCCAACAGCAAGGGCGACAACGUCACUGUCUCCCCACGCAUCGGCUCCUCAGGCGCAGAACCUACUUUCAACUCUUCAAUUGACCUCUCCAUCCUACCCGGCACCACUAUCAACGACUCGAUGCUCAUCCUGAAGGCACGCUGCGGCAACUGCCGCGACUACAUGAACACGAAAGCAGAGUCUCAACCUAUGAUUUACGCGUUCGGUAACGGCAAGAAUCUCAUGUCCAACUCGCGAUCAGCAAACCUCGCGCGCCAUUUUGGCUAUGGCUCCUUCACUAUGAACCUGCGCGCUGCCAAUGGUCCUGGAGGAGUACCUGCAAAAAGCAACGCACGAAACGGCGUCGAGAUGCAAGGAGAAAUGACCCGCGACCACGACCGCGCGAACCUUGCUCACGCCAUCAUGGGCUGCCUUGCACUCUUUAUCCUCUGGCCAUUGAACUUGAUUGCUGUAGCGGUAUUCAAGAACAUCAAGAUCCACGUGAUGUUCAGCGUAAUCAUUCUCGUAUUCCUGAUUGUCAGCUUUGCUCUGGGCGGGGUUGUCAGCGGACAAUACAACCGCGUAAGUCUCUCUACCUGUGAGUAUUCAAAUGUAGUACACAAGUAUACUAACCACCACCAGUCCAAAGCCUUCAACACCCCCCACCAAAUCUUCGCCUUGAUCGCCAUCCUCCCCUUACUCUUAAUGUCGCUUCUCCCUGCAUUCAACCACAUCAACGCCCGCCUCCGCAGCCUCCACACCCCCCUCGCCUCCACCUCGUUCGUGCUGCUCGUCCUCACCGGCGGCCUGGGCCUACAGCUCUCCUCGCAAACCCGCCCCAUCAUCCUCGUCUACACAUCCCUCUCCCUCGGCAUCUUCAUGUUCCUGAUCCUUAUGCACACCUGCAUUCACAGGCGGGGCUCCGCGUACGCGCGCGCGCUGACCCGCGGGUCCAACGACGACGCUAUCAUGCUCGCCAAAAUGGACGAGUGCAGGAGUAUUCCCAGCGCAGGUGGGUUUGGAAACCAGCCCCCGCCGCCGUAUCCGCCGCCAUAUGGUAAUGCGCACGUGAAUGGUGCACAGCAUCAGAGGAAUGGGAGUCGCUCCAUGUAUGGGGGCGGCACGAUGCCCGGACCCCAGUAUCUGCUUAAUAUGCAUCCUGGGGUGCCGGUGCAGGUUAGUCGGAUGUGAGAAGGGGUUUGUGGGAGAAUUUAGGGUCGAGGAAGAGACAGAUUUACAAUGAUGAUGAUGAUGAUGAUGAUGAUGAUGUGAUUUUUUUUGGUUUGCAUUGCGAGGCUGGCAUAGCAUGGGGGGAGUUGCUUGUA